AGGGGAGACAGCGAGGAAGGAGGUAUGCCUGGAGUCAUGAAUUAUUGAUAAUAAUGCUGAUGUCUCUUUAACUGGAGAUGUGUGUGACACCCUGUGUGUGUGUGUGUGUGCACACAGAAUAGACAGCCAGCCAGGCAGCGCUGCGUGUGUGACAGAGGGUGGGGAAUACACAGUAAUUCUAGGCUUUUAAUGUCGGCUUCUACCCUUCUUCCUCUCCCUGUGUGACACGGUCGCCUGCUGACAAAGAGAAAAUCUGUCCUUAAAGCCAUUAUCCAGAAGGAGCCUUUAUUUAUCUGGAAAGCCUCCAUCUUCUGCCUUCGCACCUGCAAGUGUCUCCAGCUGUCACCCUCCCCCUCCGUGCAACCCCAGUCGUCAGGGUGAAUGGAACCCCUGGGCUGACUGAGGAGGGAGCCCUGUGGAUCUCAGUGUAUCAGACUGUCAUUCUGGUGGCUGCAAGGUGUUCUGGGAUACAAGAUGUUGGCGUGACCUAUUUUGGCUGCUGUUGAUCAUGGUUUAGUGAAGGAGAUCUGGAAUUUGCUCAGGGAUUGCCACUACGACCCCCAGGCUGGGGUGUCCAGGACUACCAGGUUCCCCUGGCUCCAUCAUUCCCACCUGUCUGGAACCUGAUCACCAAGAGGGGAGUUAUGCCAUGAGAUGAGGAACCACCGCUGACGUGAGUUGAAAACAUGUCUAAUACAACCAACGGUGACACCAAAGCCCAGUGCUUGCCACGUAACGGGCUGGUGAAGAUCCCUGGACCCACCAAUGGUCUAGGCUCUGCCAGCAUCACCAAAGGAACACCAGCAGUCAAGAACCGGAUUUGCCAGCCUCCCUCUGUGCCAUCCAUUUUAAGUCAGGCCUUUCCCAAGCACCCGGAGCAUGUUAACCCUUCAGUGUUACCCAUCCUACCACCGCCACCGGCCCACAACAUCCCUUUGGGCCUCAGCCCUGGAGAGGAAAAUGCACCAUUACCAUGUGGGCCCUCCUUGGACAGAGUCCAGGGUCAGGGGAAGGACUGUCACCUGGCCCUUGAUGAGAAGAUCCUAAACCGACUCUUCUCUUACUUCUCGGCUUGCGAGAAGUGCGUCCUUGCACAGGUCUGCAAGACGUGGAGGCGGGUACUUUACCAGCCCAGGUUCUGGGUGAGCCUCAGCCCUGUCCUCCACGCCAAGGAACUAUACAAUCUCUUGCCCACAGGGGAGAAGGAGUUUGUCAGUCUGCAGGGAUUUGCUGUGCGCGGGUUUGAAGCGUUCUGUUUGGUUGGCGUGUCGGACCUGGAUAUCUGUGAGUUCAUUGACAACUAUCCUCUGUCAAAGAAAGGGGUGAAGUCUGUGAGCCUAAAACGGUCAACAAUCACCGACGCUGGCUUGGAGGUGAUGCUGGAGCAGAUGCAGGGAGUGGUAAGACUGGAGCUGUCUGGUUGCAACGACUUCACCGAGGCCGGCUUGUGGUCCAGCCUGCACGGACGCAUCACGUCCCUGAGUGUCAGUGACUGCAUCAAUGUGGCGGACGAUGCUGUAGCAGCUAUCUCUCAGCUCCUCCCCAACCUGGGCGAGCUGAAUCUCCAGGCCUACCACGUAACGGACACAGCGUUGGCCUACUUUACUGCCAAACAGGGCCGAGCCACGCACACUCUGCGCCUCCACUCUUGCUGGGAAAUUACCAACCACGGCGUGGUAAACGUGGUCCACAGCCUGCCCAACCUGACUGUCCUCAGCCUGUCCGGGUGCUCCAAAGUGACAGACGAUGGCGUGGAGCUGGUGGCGGAGAACCUGAGAAGACUGCGUGGACUGGACCUCUCGUGGUGCCCCAGGGUGACAGACACAGCCCUGGAAUAUAUCGCAUGCGACUUGCACAAGCUGGAGGAACUGGUGCUGGACAGGUGUGUGCGGAUCACAGACACAGGACUCAGCUACCUGUCCACAAUGUCAUCGCUCCGCAGCCUGUACCUACGCUGGUGCUGCCAGGUCCAGGAUUUUGGCCUGAAACAUUUAUUGGGGAUGAAAAGUUUACGACUCUUAUCGCUGGCCGGUUGUCCUCUGCUCACAACCACUGGCCUCUCUGGCCUGGUUCAGCUACAGGACCUGGAAGAACUGGAAUUAACCAACUGCCCUGGUGCCACUCAUGAGCUCUUCAAGUACUUCUCCCAGCACCUGCCUCGCUGUGUGGUGAUUGAGUAAGGAGCAGGGGCUAAAUAUUCCGACUCUUAAAACCAUAUCCUCAGAACCAUUCCUAGCACGGCACCAUCCAAUCGUUGACUUUGGCAACUGGGUUGACAACCGAGCCACUGACUUGCUGAAAAGCAAAGAAUAGCAAGAUCCUGGGAGAUAUUUCACACUCCGGUUUGUGAAGAUUCAUUCCAUGUGCCGAAGAAAGGGUUGUAAAUUUUCCACGCCUCAUCUCUUGUCUUCUUUGUCGUGGACUGUUCUGAUACUCACAAGUAGAGCCGGCUCCCACCCAAAAACCCCAUCAGCGUUCUCUACAAGGAUUUUAUGGUGUGAGGUUGAGUACAGCACAUUGUGGAGUGUUGCUUCCAGUUCAGUGGUGACCCUCCAUAUUUUGGUUCCUAAUGCUUUAGAAGAUUGAUUAUUUUGAUUCUGGGUUUCUGGUAUCCUAAAAUUGCUUGGCAUCACAGAUGAGGAGAAAUAAUGAAGAACGCCGGGAAUGCAAACAGGUUUUCUUGAGGAGCGGUGACAUGUCUGGUGGAUUGUGGUGCUUCUGAGCAGUAGUAGUUUGACAGUCAUGAGAAGGUUCUGCAUGGAUGUUGAAAGGGCUUAACUCCAUGUUAUGGCUCACAUUGAGAUGGAGUGGUUAGCGUGAUCCAUAUAAACCCAUCUUGUACCAUAAUCCUGUUUUGACUCUUUUAAAAUUUUUUUGCAAACCUGAUUUCUAAAUAUUGUAUUGACAUUUUAACAUCAACCCAUUUCCUUUUUUUUCUUGUUCAAACUUUAUAUAACUUAUCUUUGUCCUUUAGGCAUCAAUCUCAUGAUUGUUUUCAUGGCAUUGGUGCAUCCAUGGUCUAUGUAAGACGGUGGUAGGUUAUGGUGGCAACUGAAGAGAGUCACCUAAUACAGCACGUCUUUGUUUGAAGAUUAAAAAAAAUGAUGGAAGAUCGUCAAGUUCCACUAUGUUGAACUGAUUGCCUUUGACUCUCUAGCCAUAACCACUAGCGGAGACAUGACAGCUCUUGAGGUGUGCUGGAUGGUCAUCCUGCGGCAUCUGAAUCAACUUUGAAGGCAUUAACUGGCAAGCGUAGGGUAAGAUGAAGGACGUGGUAUAAAUAAUGACUAGAGGGACCACCAGCAGGAAAUGCCUUGUAUAAAACCUUGCUUGGAUGGAGAGGCGCUUUCCCUCUCUUGUACACCUUCCCCAGCGUGCCCUAGUGCCUGUACAUUAUCACCCUUGCUCGAUUCACUGCUUUCAUCCCGAUUAGAUGAUGGAGAACUUUUAAAUUCAUUGACUCUUUCCACGGCCUGCCCCAGAUGCGGGUGGCUGGGGAGAAGCAGUGUGGGUUGUUGUGUUUUUUUACGACAUUUGUGCUUUUGACAACUUUGUCCCAAGUUCUCAAGAAUUGUCACACGAUGAUGCUAUAGAGAAAGGAUGCUUCAGGGGUAACAUACAAUCAGAUAAUCCUUUUCUGUCCCUCUUGCCUUGCUGUCUUCUGCUACUUCUAUCCAUCUAUACCACAGGGUCACUUUCUCUGUUGUUAUCUCUCCUCUCUCUCUCUUUCUCUCUCUCUCUCAUAUAACGCAGUUUGUCUCUAUGUACACGUGUCCCAUAUUCUCUUCCCCGCAUGUUUCUUUCCGUCUGUCUUUAUUCCGACUCUUCUCACUUCUGGAGAACACCGUCUAUGGAACAAUCUUGUGCUGUUUCUCACCAUGCUUUAAAUAUAUUAAAAAAAUAUAUAUCAGAA